CUGCUGCAGCUCCGGGGCUGAAGGCCCUGUGGACUGGACCCUGCUGAUGAUGACUGUUCCAGCUGCCGUGCUGUGUCUUGCCGUGCUGGAUGUCGCUGUGACCUGGGUCCUGAGCGCAGCCCUGGAGCUGUGGGGGGCUGGGCCGCUGCUGGUGGUCUGGGUGUGCUCUGUGCUGCGGCUGGGCCUGCUGUCUGCCUGUCUGCGGCUGGUCAGAUGUCUGGUGCCAGGGCUCACGUCUGGCCGGCUCCGGGACCUGCGUCUGGGGCUGGCCACGUGCUGCCUACUGUUGCCGACCUACACCAGUCUGUCGGUGGUGGCUUGGUCCCCGAGUGCCGAGCUCCUGCACGGUUCCUGUACACCCCCCGUGCUGGCUCUCAGCUACCUGGUGACCGGGCUGGGGUUCACUGUGGGCCAGAGGUUCCUGCCGGAGCUGGGGGGGGCCGUGGCCCCCGGCCAGACUCCCUCCCUCUCCAGACUGGUGUCCUGUCUGAGGCCCGACUCCGGCCGCUUCCUCCUCGUCACCCUCUUCCUCGUCCUGUCAUCAGCCGGCGAGAUGGCCAUUCCCUACUACUCUGGCCGGAUGACAGACUGGGUGAUGAACGAGGAUAAUCCAUCGGCUUUCUCCAGCACCAUCCUGGCCAUGGCGGCCUUCACCAUUGGAAGCGCUGUUUCAGAGUUUAUUUGCGACUGUAUCUACAACGCUACAAUGACGGGGAUUCACACCCGGAUUCAGGGGUCCGUGUUCAGAUCUGUUGUACGCCAGGAGAUCGCCUUCUUCGACACUCAGCACACAGGUGACAUCACGUCCCGUAUCACCACAGACACGAACACGAUGAGUGACUCACUGACGGAACAGCUGAGCCUGCUGAUGUGGUACCUGAUGAGGGCUGCGUUUCUCCUGGUCUUCAUGCUCGGUCUGUCCUCCAAACUCUCCCUCCUCACGCUCGCUCUGAUUCCAUUCAUCAUCAUCGUCCCCGAGUUCUUCGCCCAGUUUUACCAGGAGCUGACGGCCAAGGUGCAGGCAUCUCUGGCCAGGGCCAAUGACGUGGCGAUGGAGACGUUCUCCUCCAUGAGGACGGUGCGGAGCUUUGCCAACGAGGACGGCGAGUGCCGGCGGUACGCGGACCGGCUGCACGACACCUUCCAGCUCAACAAGAGGGAGGCCCUGCUGUACGCCGUCUACAUGUGGACCAACAGCCUCUCUGGCCUGUUACUGAAGGUCAGCAUCCUGUGCUACGGGGGCUUCCUGGUGGCGGACGGCGGUGUGACGAGUGGUGGCCUCGUCUCCUUCAUCCUCUACCAAAUGCAGUUCACCUCGGCCAUUGAGGCCCUGCUCCAUGUCUACCCUCACGUGAAGAAGGCUGUUGGGGCUUCAGAGAAAGUCUUUGAGUACAUGGAUCGCAAGCCUGCCCUGGUCCCUGUGGGGGGACUCAGCCCGACGAGGCUGAAGGCACACAUCGAGUUCAGGAACGUGACCUUUGCUUACCCCAAGCAACCAGACGUCCCAGUGUUGAAGAAUGUGUCCUUUGAGGUGCGGAGUGGGGAGGUGACGGCCCUGGUGGGACCCUCGGGUGGGGGGAAGACCACCUGUGUGUCCCUCCUGCAGCGGUUCUAUCAGCCUCAGUCGGGACAGAUCCUGCUGGACGGGAAGCCCAUCGAGGAGUACGAGCACAAGUACUACCACAGCAAGGUGGCCCUGGUGAGCCAGGAGCCGGUGCUGUUUGCUCGCUCGGUGGAGGAGAACAUCGCCUACGGACUGGAGAGCAGCACUGCCGAAUGUGUGGUCGGCGCAGCGAGGCGGGCGGGGGCGCACGGCUUCGUCACGGCACUGAAGGACGGCUACAGCACAGAUGCCGGUGAAAGAGGGGGGCAGCUGUCGGGGGGACAGAAGCAGCGAGUGGCCAUUGCCCGAGCGCUGAUCCGAGAGCCUCGGGUCCUCAUCCUGGACGACGCGACGAGCUGCCUGGACAACGAGACCGAGCACCUGGUCCACCAGUCGGUGUACAGCCGAGCUGCGGAGCGCGCCGUGCUGGUGAUCGCCCACCGGCCGAGUACGAUGGAGAGAGCCGAUCGGGUGGUGGUGCUGGAGGGGGGGGCAGUUGUGGAGGAGGGGUCACCCCAGGAGCUGCAGGAGAGAGGUGGCACCUACCACCGGCUGCUACACACGCACGGCCCGGCCAGUGGGAGCGGGUCGCCGGGGGGAGCCGAGCGGGAGCCGUGAAUCACGGCACGAGGAGCGGCCGGGGCACGUCCACUGGAAGCCCAGUGAACGGGAGUGGACACUAGGCGGAGAGCAGAAUCAUCCGCGUGAUACUGUACACGGGGAGCUGGUUUACUUGAAUAAAGUGUUUAGAGUUUCACUGAA